AUGUCUUCCGUUGUCGCCAUAGGCUUCGGCGCCGCCGCCGCCGCUUUCCUCGGCCGAGCAGGUCUCGUUGCCUGGCGACGAUCCCGUGGCGGCGUUGGUGCCAUGGGCAAGGCUUUCUACAAGGGCGGUUUCGAGCCCAAGAUGAACAAGAAAGAGGCCACCCUCAUUCUCUCGCUCAACGAGCGCGCCAUCAACAAGGACAAGAUCCGCAAGGCCCACCGAACCCUCAUGCUGCUCAACCACCCCGAUCGCGGUGGUAGUCCUUACCUGGCAACCAAGGUCAACGAGGCGAAAGAGUUCCUCGACAAGCAAUACUGA